CUUAAAAUUAUUUUAAAAACCCAUCUACUUCCUUUUUCUGCAUUGAAAGUGAACAAGCUUUCCUCUUGAAUCGAGCUAAUAUAUCAACAUCGAUCCACCCACAGACAUUUUUAUCAAUUCCUAAGCUGAAAAUCAAACUAUACUCCGGAUGAAAAUCUGCCAAACAAUCAGUCGCUUCUCCAAAGCGUUACAUUUCCUAAUUUAGCCAAUCAAAGCGAUACUCCCUUUUCAUCCACUUCGUAAUUUUCCUUCGAGGAAAUGGAGGGAGCACUCGCGCGAUUAUAUAAAGCGCAAGAAGAAACUUUGAGGGAAAACUUAGGCUACGCUGCCAAAGGGAAAGUAUCGAAUCAUCUCUCAUCCAGUCCGGUGUUUUUGAAAUAAUGAGUGGAUCGGGUAAACCGCUGUUGGGGCUCUGGUUGUACAGAAGUGAAGAAGAGUGGAACUACAAAGAAGAAAGUCCAAUUGCAUUGAAAAACCAGGUAUCGGAAUCCAAAGAACCGGCGGAAAUUGAGAAAAUUUCGAUCAUUUUUACGCUCAAAAACCAAGUGGGGGGCCUCGUCAGAGCUUUGCAAGCCUUUCAAGAUCUGGGCAUCAACGUCCAACAUAUCGAGUCCCGACCAAGUCAAACCAGCGACAAUCAAGCGGAUUUUUUGGUGGACUUCGAAACUGACCCGAAGAAAUUGGAGCAGUUGGGACGCAUAUUAAAAAGAGAAGUAUUGACUAUGGUGAUUGGUUCUUAUGGAACUGGUGCUGAACAAUUCCCACCACCCACUCCUCUCAGCGCCACUACUAGUUUUGAUUUUGAUGACAUGCCCUGGUUUCCGAAGAAAAUUUCCGAACUGGAUAAUGCUCAGAAUGUGCUGAUGUAUGGCAGCGAACUGGAUGCCGAUCAUCCCGGGUUUAAGGACCCGGUGUACCGGAAAAGACGCGAACAAUUCUUCCGGAUCGCUAUGAAUUACAAACAUGGCCAGCCGAUUCCCAAAGUCAAGUACACAGAAGAGGAAGUGAAAACUUGGGGGGUGGUGUUUCGGGAGCUUCAUAAGCUCUACCUACAGCAUGCGUGUAGGGAGUAUUUGGAGAACUGGCCCCAACUGGUGAAAUAUUGCGGAUAUCGGGAAGACAAUCUUCCCCAGCUGCAAGACGUGAGUGUUUUCCUGAAAAGGAAAACUGGAUUCCAACUGCGACCUGUUGCCGGGUACUUGAGCCCCAGAGACUUUCUCAGCGGUUUAGCUUUCAGGGUGUUUCACUGCACCCAGUACAUUCGGCAUGCCAGCGACCCGUUUUACACACCGGAACCAGACUGUUGCCAUGAGCUUUUAGGUCACAUGCCCCUGCUGGCCAAUCCCAGCUUUGCUCAGUUCUCCCAAGAACUCGGAUUGGCUAGUCUGGGGGCUUGCGAUGAAGAUGUCACCAAACUAGCUACGUUGUAUUUCUUCACGGUGGAAUUUGGGCUUUGCAAACAGGAUGGAGAGCUCAAAGUGUACGGGGCGGGGCUGCUGAGCAGCGUCGCUGAGCUGAAGCACGCCAUCGAGAACUCAACUUCCAAAGUGAAGAGAUUUGAUCCAGAAGCGACCGCAAAACAAGAGUGUAUCAUCACGGAUUUCCAGCUGGGCUAUUGGUAUACUGAUACCUUUGAAGAAGCCAAGGAGAAGAUGAGAACUUUUGCCGAACAAAUUCAACGUCCAUUUGGUAUUCGCUACAACCCGUAUACUCAGAGCGUUGAAGUGCUGAGCAACGCUCAGAAAAUUACUGCCGUGGUAUCAGAACUCAGAGGCGAUUUAUGUAUUGUGAAUAGCGCUCUGAAGAAAAUCAGCGCUAGAGACGCCACAUUGGAUAUCAACCAGAUCACCACUCUGCUGCAGACCGGAUUGACUAUGGAGGAAAAUGGAGUGGCACCAAAGGAGGCAAAACCUGAUAAAUCCAAGUAGCAAACCUCUUAUUAUUUAACAUCAAGGGUGUAAAUGUUACAAUAUGAUUAAAAUGUAUAUGAAGUAAACAGAGAUUGUUUAUCGA